AAAAGAAAAUUAGAUAUGCCACCGAAAUAAUUAAAUCAUUAAAGAGCAGUAAGCGGGAAUACAAAUUUUCAAAAAGCACUGAAGGAUUGGGCUUUCAGUCUCAGACCGAAACAGCCAUGGCUAUGGAGGAAGCCAUAUCCCGGAUAGUGCAAGAGCUCGAAGAUAUUCGCCAUUCACACCCACCACCCCCUAUCUCCGAUUCCUCUCUCUCUGACCUGAAAACCCUUCUGAACAAUGAUUCUGAACCCAUGGACCGCCUCUACGACGAGCUCUCCUCCAAGUCUCUUUCUCCCUCGAAUCUCGUUUCUGCUCUUGCUUCCGCCAUGGAUUCAGGCUCAACCCCUCUCUCCCUAUCGGCUUCUCAGGUCUAUCUCUCUAUGCUUCUUUGCCCCAAUUCACCUGUUUUCACUCUCUUCACCCCAAUGGCCUUCCUGUCACUUCUCCGUUCUAUUCGUCGUUGUCUCAAGCAUCGGCCCUCGGGUCAGCCCGACCCCAAUGAAUCGAAUCAUUCCUCUCAAAUUGCGCCUGGCCGGAAGAGGAAAAUGGGUCCCCGAGGUCGUGGAGCGAAGAAGCGUGGUCGGAGUACUUGCAACGAAGAUCAUGAGGGUGGAGAGAGUGAGUUUGGUUCUAGGGUUUUGUUUUCUGUGCUUAAAAGGUUGGAAAAAGUUAUGAAUUUGAUACAUUUGGAUCGAUUUCCCGAUACUUUGAAGUCUUUGAUUCAAACAGUUGCUGAAAUUCCAGUACUGGGGAUUGAGGUAUGCGGUAAUUUGGAUAACUACGAUAGAUUGAGCAAAUUCUGCUCGCAGAUUUUGCUUGAAGUUCUGAGGCCUGAGCACGGUGACCAAGCGCACUCGGCGGCUGAGGUGUUGAAAUCAUUGUCGCCUAUGAUUCUUCAGUUUAAAUCUCAGGCGAGGACGUUUGCUCUGGAAUUUGUAACGAUUCGAAUGGUGGAUGUAGCGAACCAUUCCAAUGGUGUUAAGAAAGCAUUGGUGAAUCUUCCCAAGUACUUGGUUGUAAAGGCGCCAGAGAAAUCUGAGCCUCGGGCUUUGGCUGUGGAGUCGAUAAUGGAGAUUGUUCGAAUCCUGGAAUUUGAAAAUCAAAUUGGGUUUGUGGAGUAUGUAAUGAAGAUGGCCCAAGGAAAGUCUAAUUUGAGGCUCUUGGCAACUGACCUCAUUCUGGUGCUUGUGACAUCAUUGAAGGAUCCAUUGUGUCUGAAUUCAGAUAAUGAAGUAAAGGAUUCAUGGGGUAUGAAAUGUUUAGAGGCUUUGAUUCAGCGAUGUUCGGAUGUGGUUGCCGGAAUUCGAGCUCGGGCUUUGUCAAAUUUGUCUCAGCUCGUGGGAUUUUUGUCAGGUGACAGUAGGAGUCGGAGUGUGUUGAAAGAAGUUAUGGGGAUUGGAAGUGGGGGAGAGGGUCGAGUGAAUGACCUUCUGAGAACAAGGUGUACGGAUGAGAAAGCAGUGGUAAGAAAGGCUGCACUUCUUCUGGUCGCAAAAUUAACAUGUCUAUUUGGCUGUGGCUUUCAUGGAGCCUUGUUAAAGACUAUGGGAAUGGCUUGUUCAGAUCCACUUGUUAGCAUACGGAAAGCUGCACUUUCAGCCCUUUCAGAGGCCUAUAGAACAUCUCCCGAAGAAAGUGUGAUUAGAGAGUGGCUACAUUCGGUACCUCGCUUGAUAACUGAUAAUGAGUCCAGCAUACAAGAAGAAUGUGAAAACUUGUUUCUGGAACUGGUACUGGAACGGGUAUGUAGAUCUGGGACGAUUGAUUUGCCCCCUAGCAGGGAUGGUAUCUGCAGUUUUGAAGAGGAUUUUGAGUUGUUAUUCCCUGAAGGUGUUUUAGGUCUUCUUAGAGAGAUUUGCCAUGGAGAGGUAGCACCUUGGGUGAAGAAAAUAUGCACAAACCUUGGCAAAAAGAAUAAGUUAAAGCACAAAAUUGCUACAGCUCUCCAGACUAUCAUACGGAUGUCUGAGUCUCUUUGGUCAAGAUAUUGUCUGCCAAUAGAGAAGUGGACGGCUCCACCUGGUGCAUGGUUUCUUUUGUCUGAGGUGUCAGCAUACGUUGCAAAAGCUGUGGACUGGGAGUUCCUCCACCAUCACUGGGAGCUCCUUGACAAGGAUGGUAUGGGAGUAAAUAUUCAGAGUCCUCAUACACUAGGAGAUAUCCACGAAGAUGAAGAGGAUGUAGAAGCAAAUUCUGUUGCUUGGGCCGGGGAUCGUGUUUUUUUAUUGCAAACAAUUUCCAAUGUUUCUAUUGUGCUGCCCCCUGAACCCGCUGCAGAUUUAGCCCAUAAUUUGUUUAAAAAACUAGAUGAGUUCAAUAUGCAUUUGACAGAGGUUAAAGCUCAUGUUAAGGCACUUAAAACACUAUGCAAGCGGAAGGCUUCAAGUGCAGAUGAGUCUGAUACACUCGUUAUGAAAUGGGUGAACCAACUUCUCUCUAAAGCUUCUAAAAUUUUAGAGAAAUGCAUCUCAGAGAAUUCAGAAGCAAACAGAAAUGGCAGCUUUACCACACCCAAAAGUGGGGCUAGAAAGAGCAGAAAAGCAAAGGCCAUGGCUAAGUCAUUGUCAAAAGGAGUUACGGCAGUCUAUACGAUUGGGUCUUUGAUUAUUCAUUGUCCGAGUGCCGAUAUGAGCACAAUCAUUCCACUUUUACAUACCAUAAUCACAUCAGAAAAUCCUGAUCCUAAAUUGAACAAGUUACUAGGUCCUAGGGUCUCGUUCCGGCAAGCAGCCCCUUCUUUAUAUAUUCAAUCAUGGUUGGCUUUGGGGAAGAUUUGUCUUGCAGAUGGGAAACUUGCAAAAAGAUACAUUCCUUUGUUUAUGCAGGAGCUUGAAAAGAGUGACUGUGCAGCCCUUCGUAAUAACCUGGUAGUAGUCAUGGCAGAUUUUUGCAUUCACCAUACUGCUUUAGUUGAUUGUUAUAUAACAAAGAUCACAAAAUGCCUCCGUGAUCCAUGUGAACUUGUGAGAAGGCAGACAUUCACACUGCUUUCAAGACUAUUGCAGAGGGACUACGUGAAGUGGAGAGGAGUUCUGUUCUUAAGAUUUCUUCUCUCGCUUGUUGAUGAGUCAGAAAAGAUAAGGCAACUUGCUGAUUUCCUAUUUGGGAAUAUUUUGAAAGGUGCAUCUGUACAAUGCUUUCUCUGGUUGUCAUAUUUUAAGUUUGUGGAAAUUGCUUUCUUUGAUCCUUAUGUGCAUGUUUCUGCAGUCAAGGCACCCCUUAUAGCUUACAAUAGUUUCAUAGAAGCCAUCUUUGUUUUGAAUGACUGCCAUGCUCACAGUGGACAUACUGAUUCUCAUGGCUCUCGAACUGAAAGCCGACUUUUUUCAAUCAGAGGUAAUGAUGACAGAUCAAGGUCUAAAAGAAUGCAUGUCUAUGUUUCUUUGCUUAAACAAAUGGCUCCAGAGCACCUCUUGGCGACUUUUGCAAAGCUAUGUGCAGAGAUUCUUGCUGCAGCAUCUGAUGGUGCUUUAAAUAUAGAUGAUGUCACUGGACACUCAGUUCUGCAGGACACUUUCCAAAUUCUAGCUUGCAAAGAAAUCCGAAUACAGGCAAACCGUGGACCAUCAUCUGAUUCUGCAGAGGUCGAAGAAGAUGGAGACGGUUCAGCAUCUGUGGCUGCAGCUAGAGGAAGGGCCAUAACACAAGCAGUCAAAAAGGGCCUCAUCCAGAACAUGAUUCCUAUCUUCAUAGAGUUGAAGAGGCUUUUGGAAAGCAAAAACAGUCCCCUUAUAGGCUCGCUCAUGGAAUGCCUCCGUGUUCUUCUCAAGGAUUACAAAAGUGAGAUUGAUGAAAUAUUGAUUGCCGAUAAGCAACUUCAGAAAGAGAUCAUGUAUGAUAUGCAAAAGUAUGAAGCAGGGAAGACCAAGUUAACAGCUGCUGAGGCUGUUGCCAACAAUAAAAAAGCAAGUUGUAGCUUUCAUUCACCUGAUCCUGUUAAAGUUGGAGAUGGUAAACAUGUUGAAGAUAAUUCAAAGCUUGCAUCAGCAAUGGCAGAUGCAACAGCUGUCGCCACAGCUCGGUUUGUGCUCAAGGAACUGAACAAAGGAAUAAUGUCACCUACUUUAACUGCUAAAAGUGUGCCUAAACUCAAGUCUUGUGAGAAAGAUACCACUCCUCGAGUAGAUAAACCUCAACAAGUAUUGGAAUCUUUGAGGAAAAGACACAACUUUGAUUCUGAUGAAGAGAACUGAGGCUCUCCUAUACAAGUCUAGCAGCCAUUAAAGCUUUUUGAUCACAAGCUCUCACAGUUAAGAGUCAAUUUACUCCUUUGCAUACUAAAAUUUUAACUGUACACUGUAGAUUCCAUAAUGAUUGAAAAAUUGAUAAUCAAGGCUGUUGUAUAAUCUUUUCUUCUUGAAAAGCGAAAAUAUAUAUAAUCCCAUUUUCCUUUCA